CUUGCGACGUGAUUUGACGUGCUUUCUUGCAACGUGAAACAGCACCGACGAUGACUGGACGACACCGUGUCGUAGGCCAACACAAUGAGUUAUCAUCGAGGAAGUGGUAAUAAGCCGAAAGGCUUCGGCUUCAGUGGCUUCCAAAUGUCUGGAACAAAAAGAAGUGGCACAAACAUACCUCCACCUCCACCAAAUUCUACUCUGAGCAAACAAGGCUAUCACACGAUGAAUGCCAUUACGGAAAAUGCCUUGUCCGCAUGUUGGGGCAUGCCUAAAAAGCGCAGCAAGACCGAGGAAGAAUACUUUGAAGACGAUGACGAACCUCCAACUUCAUCGUUGGAAUAUAUACCCGCGCCUGGUUCUCCCACAUACGACUUGAUGAAGAAAUCGGCAACGAAGGAUGACAGCGAUAGUGAGGAGGAUACUUUGGAUGCUUUUAUGGCAGGUAUUGAUGCAGAAGUGAAGCGGAACACUUACGCGGCUCAGCGUGGUGAUAAUCGUAAAGAAGAUAAAUCUAAAGGAUUUCGAGCAGAUAUUGAUGGAGAAGACGAUGAGGAAAGUUACUACAGGUAUAUGGAAGAAAAUCCAACUGCUGGUUUGCAACAAGAAGAAUCCGAUCAAGAGAUUGAAUACGAUGAAGACGGCAAUCCCAUUGCGCCACCGAAGAAGAAGGAGAUCGAUCCAUUACCUGCAAUUGAUCAUAGUGAAAUAGAAUAUGAAUCGUUCGAGAAGAACUUUUACAACGUGCAUGAAGAAAUUGCAAGUUUAAGCAAACAGCAAAUCGAUGAUUUAAAAAAGACUCUGGGUAUAAAAGUAUCCGGACCGUCUCCGCCAAAUCCGGUAACAAGUUUCGGUCAUUUCGGUUUUGACGAUGCUUUGAUUAAAGCUAUCCGUAAAAACUUAAGUGGCCGAGAUAUAAUAGGUAUAGCAAAAACUGGUAGUGGUAAAACUGCAGCAUUUAUCUGGCCGAUGUUAGUGCACAUUAUGGAUCAACGCGAAUUGAAAGCUGGAGAUGGUCCCAUUGGUCUGAUUUUGGCGCCAACGAGAGAAUUGUCUCAACAGAUUUAUCAAGAAGCAAAGAAAUUUGGAAAGGUUUACAAUAUUCAAGUAUGUUGCUGCUAUGGAGGUGGCAGCAAAUGGGAACAGAGCAAAGCAUUAGAAAGCGGUGCAGAGAUUGUAGUCGCUACUCCUGGUAGAAUGAUCGAUCUAGUUAAAAUGAAAGCAACGAAUUUAACUAGAGUUACAUUUCUAGUUCUGGAUGAAGCUGAUAGAAUGUUCGACAUGGGGUUUGAACCACAAGUACGAUCUAUAUGUAAUCAUGUGAGACCUGACAGACAAACAUUACUAUUUAGCGCAACAUUCAAAAAGAAAGUGGAGAAGCUCGCUAGAGAUGUUUUAACAGAUCCCAUUAGGAUAGUACAAGGAGAUGUUGGUGAAGCUAACACUGACGUAACGCAACAUGUUAUCAUGUUCCAUAACAAUCCUAGUGGUAAAUGGAACUGGUUGUUACAGAACUACAUUGAAUUUCUAAGUGCUGGCAGUCUUUUGAUCUUUGUCACUAAGAAGCUGAACGCGGAAGAACUUGCCAACAAUCUCAAACUGAAAGAGUUUGAAGUAUUGCUUUUGCAUGGUGAUAUGGAUCAGAUUGAGAGAAAUAAAGUGAUUACGGCUUUUAAGAAGAAGGAAGUCAGUACCUUGGUCGCUACUGAUGUAGCAGCGCGAGGCUUGGACAUUCCACAUAUCAAGACUGUCGUAAAUUACGACGUAGCACGAGAUAUCGACACACAUACACACAGAAUAGGAAGAACAGGACGAGCCGGUGAAAAAGGUACGGCAUAUACUCUUGUGACGGAAAAAGAUAAGGAAUUUGCUGGACAUUUAGUGAGAAAUUUGGAGGGAGCAAAUCAGGAAGUGCCAAAGAGCUUGAUAGAUCUGGCUAUGCAAAGCUCAUGGUUCAGAAAAUCAAGAUUUAAAGGUGGGAAAGGAAAGAGUUUAAAUGUUGGUGGAGCAGGACUUGGUUUCAGAGGCAGACCCAAUUCGUCAAAUUCGGGUGGAUCGACAUCACAGGCAUCCAAGGAUAUCAGCGAGGUAGUUAAAAAAUUGGAAAGACAUGGACCUGGUAGCGACAGACUUUCCGCUAUGAAAGCUGCUUUUCGAAGUCAAUAUAAUUCCCAGUUCCGAGCAUCAUCAGAUCACACUUGGGAACAGACGAUCACUCCACCUUCCGUGAUAAUGCCGCCUCCACCAACCGUUCCACCACCGAAACCUGCAACCGAAGAUAAUCAAGCUUCCAAUUCCUCUGGACCGGAACGUAAAAGAGUGCGAAAAAGUCGAUGGGAAUGAUCAAGUUAGUGUAUUAUUAUUUGUGCAUAUUAUAUAGCAGGUAUACGUUAUAUUAUAAUGAAACGAUAAUGAACUGACAAACUUGUUUUAUAUUACAAUAAAAUUUAAUUUUACCAA